GGAAUCUAAUCGAUGUUGGCCGUUAGCUAGGUCUCCCCUAUGUGCUCAAAAUGGUACAGUCCAGCAUGUGAAGCGGCGCUAGUUUCUCACUAUUCUCUUAUCCACCCUUGCACACGUUCGCGCGCGCGCGCGUUUCACUUCUUCUUCAGCGGCUGCACAGAGCAGUGACUCGGACUAAUGCUUGUCGUUUAGCGGAACCAUGAAUGUCAGCCAGAAAUAAAUGCUUCUACAACGGAGGGUGAGGGCAGAGACGCUAAAAUCUGCUGACCACGAGCGGCGCUGAAUAAAUUCCUGGACAGGAGAGAGCGGAAAACAGGGUAAAGUGCGUGUGACAGGUGCUCGCUCUCAUUCGGCGUGUGUUUAGCUGAGAUGCCGCCGGUCCAGAGAACCAUGUCAGAUCUGCGCUCGCGUGUUGAAGGAUAUGAAAAGACGGAGGACGCAUCAGAGAAGACAUCUCUAGCUGACCAGGAGGACGCCCGGCUGAUCUUCAUUAACCAGCCUCAGUUUACAAAGUUCUGCUGUAACCGUGUCAGCACGGCGAAGUACAACGUGCUCACUUUCCUCCCACGGUUCCUCUACUCACAAUUCAGAAGAGCAGCCAACUCCUUCUUCCUGUUCAUCGCCCUGCUGCAGCAAAUUCCGGAUGUUUCUCCGACUGGACGAUGGACCACGCUGGUGCCGUUGCUCUUCAUCCUAGUGGUGGCGGCAGUGAAGGAGGUGAUCGAGGAUCUGAAACGCCACAAAGCCGACAGCGUCGUGAACAAGAAAGAGACGCAAGUGCUGAGAAAUGGAGCCUGGGAGAUUGUUCACUGGGAGAAGGUGGCAGUAGGGGAGGUAGUGCGAGCCUUCAACGGAGAUCACCUCCCAGCUGACCUCAUCAUUCUGUCGUCCAGCGAACCUCAAGCGAUGUGUUAUAUAGAAACCUCAAACCUGGAUGGAGAAACAAAUCUUAAAAUCAGACAAGGCCUUCAGGUCACCUCUGAGAUAAAGGACAUCGACAGUCUGAUGCGCCUGUCCGGCCGUAUGGAAUGCGAGAGCCCCAACAGACACCUGUACGAGUUUGUAGGCAACAUCCGUCUGGAUGGUCACAGCACAGUGCCACUGGGUCCAGAUCAGAUCCUCCUGAGAGGAGCGCAGCUCAGAAACACACAGUGGGUCCACGGCAUUGUGGUCUACACAGGACACGACACGAAACUCAUGCAGAACUCCACACGGCCUCCUCUGAAGCUGUCCAACGUCGAGCGCAUCACCAACUUUCAGAUCCUGGUGCUGUUCGGCUGCUUGUUGGCCAUCUCUCUGGUUUGCUCCAUCGGACAAACCAUCUGGAAGUAUCAGUACGGCAAUGACGCCUGGUACAUGGACCUCAACUAUGGAGGUGCAGCGAACUUUGGUCUAAACUUCCUCACCUUCAUCAUCCUCUUCAACAACUUGAUUCCCAUUAGUCUGCUGGUGACGUUGGAGGUGAUCAAGUUUAUCCAGGCGUAUUUCAUCAACUGGGACACGGACAUGCUGUAUGAAGUUAACAACACUCCGGCUAUGGCUCGAACAUCCAACCUGAAUGAAGAGCUGGGCCAGGUGAAGUAUAUCUUUUCAGACAAAACUGGAACACUGACCUGCAAUGUGAUGCAGUUUAAGAAGUGUACCAUUGCUGGAGUGGCCUAUGGUCACAGGUCUGAAAUGGAGGAUGGUAGUUUUGCAGAGGAGGAAUGGCACAGCUCUCACUCGAUGGAGGAAGCUGGAUUUAAUGACCCCAGUUUACUGGAAAAUCUCCAAAGCAAUCAUCCCACUGCUGCUGUGAUCAUGGAGUUUAUGACCAUGAUGGCGAUCUGUCACACAGCCGUCCCUGAACGUAACGAUGAGACAAUCACCUACCAAGCUGCCUCUCCAGAUGAAGGAGCCCUGGUCCGCGCAGCACGCAACCUUGGCUUCGUUUUCUCAGCCAGGACUCCAGACAGCGUCAUCAUCGAGGCGCUUGGUCAAGAAGAGAAAUAUGAACUACUACAUGUGUUGGAGUUCACAAGCACCAGGAAGAGAAUGUCGGUCAUCAUGCGCACUCCAUCCGGAAAGAUCCGGCUAUACUGUAAAGGAGCUGACACGGUCAUCUAUGACCGCUUGGCAGAUAGUUCCAGGUAUAAGGAUAUUACACUGAAACAUCUGGAGCAGUUUGCUACAGAGGGUUUGCGUACGCUGUGUUUUGCUGUGGCAGACAUAUCCCAGUCAUUAUACCAGCAGUGGCAGGAAGUACAUCAUCGUGCCUGCACCUCUCUGCAGAACAGAGCACUCAAAAUGGAGGAAAGCUACGAGCUCAUCGAGAAGAAUCUGCAGCUGCUCGGGGCCACUGCGAUCGAGGACAAGCUGCAGGAUCAUGUCCCGGAGACCAUUGAGACACUCAUGAAAGCUGACAUUAAGAUCUGGAUCCUGACCGGAGACAAGCAGGAGACUGCCAUUAAUAUAGGACACUCCUGCAAGCUGCUCACCAAGAACAUGGGCCUGCUGGUGAUUAAUGAGGAGACUCUGGAUGGGACGAGGGAGACCCUGAGCCACCACUGCAGCAUGCUGGGAGAAGCUCUGCAUAAGGAAAAUGACUGUGCACUGAUCAUCGAUGGGAAGACACUGAAGUACGCACUCACUUUCGGAGUGCGCCAAUACUUCCUGGACCUGGCGCUGUCCUGCAAGGCUGUCAUAUGUUGCAGAGUGUCUCCUCUGCAGAAGUCGGAGGUAGUGGAGAUGGUGAAGAAACAGGUGAAGGUCAUCACUCUGGCCAUCGGCGAUGGCGCCAACGACGUAGGCAUGAUCCAGACCGCUCAUGUCGGCGUUGGCAUCUCAGGCAAUGAAGGACUACAAGCUGCCAACUCUUCUGAUUAUUCGAUCGCACAGUUCAAGUAUUUGAAGAACCUCUUGUUGGUCCAUGGCGCCUGGAACUACAACCGAGUUGCUAAGUGCAUCCUGUACUGCUUCUACAAAAACAUUGUGCUAUACAUUAUUGAGAUCUGGUUUGCCUUUGUGAACGGCUUCUCUGGUCAGAUUCUUUUCGAGCGUUGGUGCAUCGGUCUGUAUAACGUGAUCUUUACAGCUCUGCCACCCUUGACCUUGGGCAUUUUCGAGCGCUCAUGUAGAAAAGAAAACAUGCUCAAAUACCCAGAAUUGUACAAAACAUCCCAGAAUGCCCAGGGCUUCAACACCAAGGUCUUUUGGGUUCAUUGUCUGAAUGGACUCUUCCACUCGGUCAUCCUCUUCUGGUUCCCCCUCAAAGCCUUCCAGCAUGAUACUGUCUUUGGGAACGGAAAAACUCCAGACUAUCUGCUCCUGGGGAACAUGGUGUACACUUUUGUGGUGAUCACAGUGUGUCUCAAGGCAGGGUUGGAGACCUCCUCCUGGACCAUGUUUAGUCAUAUAGCCAUUUGGGGCAGCAUUGUCUUGUGGGUAGUGUUCUUUGGAAUCUACUCCUCUCUAUGGCCGCUCAUACCUCUGGCUCCAGACAUGUCAGGAGAGGCAGAUAUGAUGUUCAGCUCUGGACUCUUCUGGAUGGGACUGUGUUUCAUUCCUGUCACUUCUCUGGUGUUUGACCUGGCUUACAAAGUUAUAAAGAAGACAUACUUCAAGACCCUGGUCGAUGAGGUUCAGGAACUAGAGGCUCUGUCGAAGGACCCUGGAGCAGUGGUUCAUGGGAAGAGUCUGACCGAGAGGGCUCAACUACUGAAGAACGUGUUUAAGAAGAGCACAGUCAGCCUGUACCGCUCCGACUCCAUGCAGCAGAAUAUACUCCAUGGCUACGCUUUCUCUCAGGAUGAGAACGGAGUGGUCUCCCAAUCAGAGGUCAUCAGGGCCUAUGACACUACCAAGCAGCGGACCAACGAGUGGUGAGAUCCGGCCCCCUCGGCCCGGCCCCUCAGCCGCCAGUCAACCUUUUGAAGCUGACAGAAGUUAAGGCCUGUCAGGUUGUUUUUGUCCAGCUCUCUUACUGGACUUGAGUAGGACAGAGCAAGAGUUCUGUACUUCGAAAAGGGAAUAAUAAUAAUAUAAAUUAAAAAAAAAAAAAGCAAGGAACAAAAUGAAUCCAUAGUUUUGAAGUUGUCCCAGUGCCGUGCAGUCGCUGUGUGUCCAGCGGAGUGUGGUUUACGCUGGACUGCAGUGUUAAUGCCCCACUAAACACUGGGAACACUGCGAAAGACACCAACAUGUUCUCUUCCCUGACAUUCACACUUCUGUAGUUAAAGCCAACUGAAAUCUGCUGGGAUGACGGUAGUAACAGUUUCUAUUAGUGGUCUUUGACUGUUUCUCUAAUCAGUGAGAGCAAUUUAUCCCCUCUCUCCUGUCGCUCUACAUAAUUCCUGCUACAGAUCUUCUAGAAAUGGAAAUUGCCAAAGAGUACAGUCAUAGGAUUCAAAUGUAAGAUGUAUUAUCUCAUCAUAUUUACAGAUUUCUCCCCAAGCAUUUCUGUUCUUCACUGAUUUUACCACUGCACACCUGAAAAGAUUUGCUUGUUCUAAUUUCCUCCGUCAUCAUUUUUAUUUUAUUAUUACUAUUUAUUUUAAUUUUUUUUAAUAAGUUGUUUUGUGCCUGAUUCAGUUGUUUGUUUGUUUGUUUUUUUGUGCCUGAAUCUGUUACUGCAUUCCACAUGGCACACAGCUGCAAAUCACGAAAUGUGCCUAAUAGGAACUUUUUAGUCCCCAAUUAGAGAGUAUUUCAGAUCCUUAGCUAGGUAGAAUUUAUAAUCCAGUAACCCGUGAAGCUGCUGUUGUCUCUGCAGUGCCUGGCUGAUUCGGUAGAAUUUUUGGGGAGGCUGUACUGAGCUUCACAUCGAGUCUGUUUUCAGCCAGUUUUGAAAGUAUUUUAGAUGAUCCGAAUGUUUGACUUUGGAGAAAAUGGCGAGCCGAUCCCACAAAACUGAAGUGCCAUUAGCUUACAGGAACGUAACGAGGACUUAGUUUAGAGGUGCACCCACUAUCAAAACAUCUUUGUGUCUAUAGUUAGUUAUUUUGUGGAUUUGUAUUUUUAUA